UUCUAAUAAUAGCGUUGGAGAUGCUCUAAUAAAAAAACUAAAAAGAAUAUCAAAACGGCCCUUUCUCUUUGUUAUUUUAGGGUUUACGUUCUCUCUUCUCCCCUCUCGAAAAACCUUCCUCCAUUAGUUUUUCUCACAAAAAAAUUCAUCAAACCAUGGCUGAAAACAUAUCUGAUGGAGAAACCAACGACGCUAGAAUUUCAUCUGAACGAAUAGACGAUGACAAGUUUCAUCCUCAUACAGGAGAUGGAGCUAGUCCUGGAAAGAUAUUCAUAGGGGGUUUAGCAAAAGAAACAACUACAGCUCAAUUCCAGAAGCAUUUUGGUAAAUAUGGUGAAAUUACAGACUCAGUGAUAAUGAAAGACCGAAAAUCUGGGCUACCCCGCGGAUUUGGGUUUGUGACAUAUGCCGAUUCAUCUGUUGUUGAUAGAGUCAUUCAAGAGAAUCAUAUUAUAAAUGGGAAACAAGUGGAGAUUAAGCGGACCAUACCCAAAGGUGCUAUUGGUUCUAAGGAUUUCAAGACAAAGAAGAUUUUUGUGGGUGGAAUACCUACAAGUGUUGGAGAAGAUGAGUUUAAGGACUUCUUUUCUAAGUAUGGAGAGGUCAAGGAACACAUGAUUAUGCGUGACCAUGCCACCAGCCGUUCUCGUGGUUUUGGGUUUGUUACAUUUGAGACUGAGGAAGCUGUUGAUGAUCUCUUGUCUAAAGGGAACAAGAUCGACUUUGCUGGAUCACAGGUGGAAAUCAAGAAGGCUGAACCAAAGAAACCAAACGCUCCAGCGCCACCCCCAAGGCGUUACAGUGAUAGUAGACCCUCUUAUGGUGCUGGAUUUGGUGAUGCUUAUGGUGGAUACAGUGGAGGUGGUGGUGGGGGCGGAGGCUAUGGUGCUAGUUCUUAUAGGGCUGGUGGUGGUGGCGGUUAUGGUGGUAGAUCCGGUGGAUAUGGUGGCUACGGAAGUGAAUUUGGUGGUGGUGGUGGUGGCGGUGGUUAUGGAGGUUACAGUGGUGGUGGUAUAGGAGCAUACAGAGGAGAGCCUUCUCUCGGAUACCCAGGUCGCUAUGGUGGUGGUAGCUAUGGCAGAGGUUAUGAUCUAGGAGGUGGUUACGGAGGAGUUGGUGAUGGCUAUGGAGGAUAUGGAGGUGGUGCUGCCGGUGGUGGCUAUGAUGCAAGUCUAGGGGGUGGUUAUGGAGUAGGUGGUAGUGGAGGCUCCUCAUAUGGCAGUAGAGGGGGUUAUGGGGGAGGUGCUGGUUCUGGUUCUGCUCGAUACCAUCCUUAUGGCAGAUAAAUUGGACCAGUGUAGCAGAGGUCUUUAGUGAUCCAAUGUUUAAAGCAGUUCAACGUAGCAUCUUAGACGACACUAAUCUAAGGCUCCAUUUGGCACGGAAGUAAUUGGAACACAAGGUAACUUUGAGAACUUGUUGCAUGUUAACUACAUGCAGUUCCGUAUUUGGUGUUUGGCACCUCGUGUAAUUGACGAGACCUAAAAUGUAUUGAAAUGUACGAUGGAAUUCUAAAUCUAAGUGUUUGGCAUGUCAUGUAAUUGAGACCUAAAAACAUGGAUGUUUGAUUUUUCUAGUGUCAAGGCAUACAUGCCAUGGAACAUAAAUCUUGAUUCUUCCUAGUCUCAAUUAAGUGAACACUGAAAACUCGCUGUUAAAUUAGAAAAUUUACUUUAAUGGAAAGAUGUUACAUAA